AUGGUAGAUGCAGUCACAAAAUUUCAGAAGCCACCCAAGAAUAUACCAGUAAUUGCGUUUCAACUCCUUGACAGCUCGAACAUUCCAAAAUACCUCCAAACAUUCUUCUAUGGAAGCAAGGAAGAGCUCAAUUUAGUUGAAAAGAAGAUUCCCCAGAUCUUCCAGUACGAAAAAGAAAUUGGUCAGAAACAUUUUUGGAUCCAUUACCAAAAAGCAUCAAAGUUCAUUGAUGUUUACCUGUCAAAUGUUGACAAAUUCAUGAAAAUCUUGAUGUAUACAUCAAUUGGCUUUGCAGGUUUCGCCGUUUUCAUUUUUGUUGCUUGCGUUGUUUCUUAUUUCUGGAAUUCUCCACCUAGAGAAGAUACAAGCAGUUACAUGCCAUUACCAUAA